AUGGAUUCCAACCAACCCAUUGGAUAUUUGGUAUUUGCAGAGUUUCCAACUAAAUGUCUCAUGAAAAUGGUUUUAGAUCAUUUCAAAAGUAUCAAGUAUCACAUAGCCUUAAGUCCGCAACAAGAGUUUGAGCGUUCUUUUCCAGGUCAAACACUUACUCAUAUUGGCCACAGACGUUAUCAAAAAUACGCUGAGUCUAAUGGAGAUUAUUUUUAUGUCACAACUUUUGGUUGCUGGCAAAGUGACUCUUUUGUAACUGGAGAGCUCGUUGAUGAUUAUCCAAACUUGGUUCUGUUUGGCAUGAUGCACUCUGAUAGAGAUUCUUCUCAAAUGAUUUGUAAAAUGAUUCCUCACUCAACGCAUCGGACAUUGCGCUAUUUGACAAUUUCAACUGGUGCUGCAGUGACUGAUGUUGCAAUAGCAAAGAGGGUUUGUGAGCUUGUGUUGCAGUUUCCAAAAGCAAGCACUAAUUGGUGGAGCUCUUGUUACGGUAUAAAGAGUGAACGAUAG